UGGCUAAGAUGAGCAGCUGAAUGCCACUUUGACCCAGGUGAGGCACAUAGGUAUCUGCAGAGUCUCAAAUCCCUGGCCACAAAAGGAAAAAAAAAAAUAAUCUUAAAAAUUCUGGCAAGUGGGAACUGAAUACUGUUAAAAAAAGAACAAAUCCCAGUGUGACAAAGCGUUACAGAGAGUGAACCUAUUCCUGCUUCAUCGCAAUGGGUGCCGGAGCUAGUGCUGAAGAAAAGCACUCCAGAGAACUAGAAAAGAAACUCAAGGAAGAUGCAGAGAAGGAUGCCAGGACAGUCAAACUACUUCUGCUUGGUGCUGGGGAAUCAGGCAAAAGUACCAUUGUCAAACAAAUGAAAAUCAUCCACAAAGAUGGUUACUCACGAGAAGAAUGCCUGGAAUUCAUUUCUAUUAUCUAUAGUAAUACACUGCAGUCAAUCCUUGCCAUUGUAAAAGCUAUGAACACCCUGAAUAUCCAGUAUGGAGACCCAGCUAGACAGGAUGAUUCCCGGAAACUUCUGCACCUGGCUGACACAAUAGAAGAAGGCACAAUGCCUAAGGAAAUGUCUGAUAUCAUUCAACGCCUCUGGAAGGACAGCGGCAUCCAGGUUUGCUUUGAUCGGGCUUCUGAAUAUCAGCUGAAUGACUCUGCUGGAUACUAUCUGAAUGACCUGGAACGUCUGGUAACCCCUGGAUUUGUUCCUACUGAACAGGAUGUCUUGCGAUCAAGGGUUAAAACUACCGGUAUUAUCGAAACACAGUUCUCCUUCAAGGAUCUCAAUUUUAGGAUGUUUGAUGUGGGAGGUCAGCGCUCUGAGCGCAAGAAAUGGAUUCACUGCUUUGAAGGUGUGACAUGCAUUAUCUUUAUUGCAGCACUGAGUGCUUAUGACAUGGUUUUGGUGGAAGAUGAUGAAGUGAAUCGGAUGCAUGAAAGUCUGCAUUUGUUCAACAGUAUCUGUAAUCACCGCUAUUUUGCAACAACUUCUAUUGUACUUUUCCUUAACAAAAAAGAUGUAUUCGUAGAGAAGAUUAAGAAGGCACAUCUGAGCAUUUGCUUCCCUGACUAUGAUGGACCAAACACUUAUGAGGAUGCUGGUAAUUACAUCAAGACACAGUUCCUUGAAUUGAACAUGAGAAGAGACAUAAAGGAAAUUUACUCCCAUAUGACAUGUGCCACUGAUACAGAGAAUGUAAAGUUUGUGUUUGAUGCCGUCACAGACAUUAUCAUCAAAGAAAACCUGAAAGACUGUGGUCUUUUCUAAAUCCAACAAAAAUCAUCAGGUCUGUAAGGGAAUGAUCCAUUAUAGGAAUGAUCCAAAUAGGACCCAAUCAAGAAGCCAAGCUGAAGACAAUUCAUGUUUAAUUGAUUUUAUUGUUAUUAACAAGCUCUCUCAAGUAUAUAUUGACUGCUCCUCAAGAAAAUUUAAAGUAGGCAUUAUGGCUACUGGGAGAAAAAAAAGACUUUUUCCUUAACAAGAAGCUCUACAGAAAUAGAACAAUUUUUGUCACAGUGCAGAUGUAAUUAUUAAAUCUAUAUAUUUGUUUAUAUUACGAGUUGCACUGGUAUCUCUCCAUAACGACAAAUACACAUCUGUGUCAAAUGUAAACUUCAUAUUUCAUCUUAUUCCUUGCUGUAAUGAACGCUUGCCAGAUUUACAAUUGAGAUGCAUAAUAUAUUGUUAUGCUUUUAUGCAAAAAAAUGCUUAGCUUAAAAUUUAUUGUGCAAAUCAUGUAAGAUUUUGUGCAGCAGAGUUUGUAGCCAUAGGCCAUCUCUUUAUUUAAUAAUAAUUAAAUAUCUGAAGAUUCAAGUAAAUGUAAGAAGCAAUAGUUCUUUUCCUGUAUUGUAGGAAAUAUGUAAUAUGUCUGUUUCUUGCUGCAUUCACAUGUCACUGGCUCUGUUGCUACACACGUAUUACUAAUGUAUGAAACUAACAUUACUUCAGCAAGACAGCCAGCCUUUAGUUGCAGUCUAGAAAUGUUAAACUUUAUGUGCGAUACCGCCAUAUAUUAGGCAGCCUGUGAACAUCAAAAAUUGUAAUCACAACAUGUCAAAUAAUGCUUAUAUACCAUCUAAACAUGAAGACUGCAAAAUAUAAUUUUCUUUAAUUCGCUGUUUAAUUGUAUAAGUCAUAUAAGACAUUGUGGUACAGCAGAGUUUGUAGCCACAAGCCAUCACUGUGUUUAAUAAGAAUUUCCAAUCACAUAAUUUAUUUGUUUGUUUAUUUAUGUAUUGCUACUUUUUUAAUGAAACAGGUCCAGCUGGGUGAGGCCUCGAACAUGAACUCUACAGAUAAAACAAAUGAAUAGGUUUGUAUUUAAGUAUGAAAAGUGUAUUGUUCAUUAUGUACCACACAUUUUUUGAUGUUAUUUAUAAAAGAUAAA